AUGUCCGAUCUCGGCUCGAUGCCCAACUAUCUACGCAACGAGGGGAUAAGAGACGAGCAGAUCACGAGUUUCUCGCCAACAUCCGCGAUCUUUCUUCCUCCCCUCUCUCAUUGUCUUCGCCAUUCUCUCUAUCCCGUCCCGCGCAACUACAUCACCAACCACUAUCACUGCUAAUAUGUAUUGCAAGCGAAAGCGAAUGAGAAGCGGCUAAUAGAUUUAGCUGGCGACCAUGCAUGCAUGCGCGCGCGUGUACGCGCUCGAAUAAUUCAACCCUGCAAAAAAAAUUUAAUUCGUAAAUUGGAAGAAAUUAGAUAUGUCAGUGCAGAGAACGUAGAAACGCAAACCGUCAGCGAAAUGUACGAUACAAGCGGUCGGUUAUGCGCAAACCGUACGCGAGUUAAUGAAUUAAUCGUCGGUCAAUGCACGAGUGUGUGUGCCUCGAAUUCCUUAUUUCUAAAAGUUGCGCGAUUUCUGCAAGUACAGCCAUCUCACGACGAAUUUCUCAAUCUUUCGAACGCUAUUCACGAUCUUACGAAGUCUGUUUAAGCAUUUGUUAGCUUUGCUCCUCGCGUUUCAAUAUCAUUCGACGGUACAAGCUUAAUUUCUCUGAAGAAUAUAGCUGAUAAUGGUCGAGUUUUCAUGCUAUAUGUAUACAGAAAAGCUUGCUCCAAGGAAAAGUGCAGGAAAGGUUGUGAAAGCAGAUCUGUCGUUUGCUCUUUGACCCAUUUGCGGUGGAAGCGAUGUUCGUAUCAUAUUGUAGAGGCAUUGAAUCGGGCACCGCAGAUAUUAUUCUGCAGGCUGCUGGUAAAUAUACUUACGUAUAUUGCACUCGAGAUGACGCAAGUUUUGCGGUUCAACUUCCCUCGUGCUUACGUACGUACGAAAUUUGUAAAAUUGCUGACACUGUAGUUACCAAUUGGAUGUCAAAUGAGAACAGCCGGAAGGUCAAACUGUAUUCGAAUCGAAAUAACGAACGCUUGAGUCAGUUGAUCGAACUACAGAAAAAACAACGAUUCGCGUGUUAUCGUGCCGAUUUUUAAUACGGUUGCAUUCGCGAUGUCUCUUCGUCUUUGUGUCCUUUUAGUUCUCCUUUCAGUUAUAUGGGGUAUCUAUGGCAUCCAAGUGUUUGACAAACGAAAUCGUUUUCCUCAAGAAGUAUCGGAUCGACUAGAUGAAUAUUGGAACUUGUACAAGACUCGUUACAAUAAAAGUUACUCUGGAAAUCUUGAGACUAACCGAAGGAUAGCUUGGGAAGAAAAUCUAAUAACGAUUUAUAAGCACAAUAUGAUGGCAGCUGCGGGUCAUCACAGCUACACAUUGAGAGACAAUCACAUUGCCGAUCUCGGAACUAGGCAAUAUAUUCGAGAAAUGGUAAAACUAAUUCCUAGUCGUAAGCGGCGUGUAUCAAAUGAACCGAUAGUUGGAGCGAUUUUACACGAUCCUCGAAGAAUUCCACCGCAGCUUGAUUGGCGCGAACUGGGAUUUAAAACGCCGCCAGAAAAUCAAAGAGACUGCGGAAGUUGUUACGCGUACUCGGUAGCCACCAGCAUUCAAGGACAAAUCUUCAAAAAAACAGGAAUGUUGAUUCCAUUGAGCGAGCAACAGUUGAUCGAUUGCAGUACGUCUACUGGAAAUUUAGGUUGUUCGGGAGGUUCUCUGAGAAACACACUGAGAUAUCUCGAAAAGGCAAAAGGUCUAAUGCCUCAAAACCGUUAUUCGUAUACAGCGAAACAAGGUCCGUGUCGUUUUGUAGAAGACUUGAGCGUAGUUAACAUCACUUCAUGGGCAGUUUUACCAGCACGUGACGAAAAAGCUUUGGAAGCUGCCGUAGCUACCAUAGGUCCAAUAGCUGCUUCGGUAAAUGCCAGUCCAAAAACGUUUCAACUUUAUCACACAGGAGUCUACGAUGACGAAGUUUGUAGCUCGGACAUGGUGAAUCACGCUAUGGUGAUCGUUGGAUACACGCCAACCGAAUGGAUUCUGAAGAACUGGUGGGGUAACGGAUGGGGUGAAAAUGGAUAUAUGCGUCUGGCUAAAAACAAAAAUCGAUGCGGCAUAGCCAAUUAUGCGGCGUAUGCAAAAGUUUAACUCGAUAUGAAUCGGAGAACGAACCCAUUAAAAGAUAUUUAUUAAAAUC